GCUGUUUGUUGUUGCCGGGUCUUCUUUUUUUGUGAUUACUGAGUUUGUACCAAAUGUCAAUUGAAGGCCUUAUAACCGCAGUGAAACCAGACAGCCACCAAUGGACAUGUCGCCUAACAUUGAUUGAAAAGCAAAAUGUGCGCACAGGAAAGACAUCUCCAAUAAAAUUCAUGCCAAUGAUUCUGCAGGAUUCUGCUGGGACCAGAGUCCAGGCCACUGCAUUUCAGGGUGAUAUAGAAGGAAUAGAUCAACGCCUAUCCCUGUACUCCACAUACCUUAUCUCAAAUGCUUACGUAAAACGAAUAACUGAAAUGCGCUACUGCGUUGAUGCCAACUAUCCAUAUGUGUGGUCAUUCAACCGGCGAACCCUGAUACAAGAUGUGGAUCCAGCAGAAGGAGUUGAUUUUCGUGAACUUGCUGAAUCAGAAACUGCACCAUUCCACACUAUAUUCGACGCUUAUCAGCAUGACGCACGUAUGAAUAUUUUAGGCGCUAUUGUUAAAAAAUUACCGCGUACCUUCAUAGUUACCGGUGGUAAACAACGCGUUGCUUGGGAUGUUGUUCUUGUCAACGAAGAGUGCAUACCCAUCCCAUUUACUAUGUGGGAGGAAUUUGUUGGCAAACAUGGUGCUGAAAUUGAAAAGAUUCUGCAUGCAGGUGGUCACCCUCUUGUCCUCAUCAACAGGGCUGCCAUAAACCUAUUCCAAGAUUGCAAACGUGUCAAGAUCUAGAUCCUGUAUCAUGUUGGCUGUUUAGCAAUGAAGUGAUAUUCCUCUUGGGACUGUUGCAGCACUUCACAACUUACAUGAUGCUAUUGUUAAUCAAGCAAGGAUGUAACUAUGUCCUACAUUCUAUACGGCAAACCUGUAACAUGUUGACUUGUUGUUAUUACACAAGACGUUCACUUACAAGUUCCUGAUAAACUUAAUUCACUGUACGUAAGCCUUUAUCCAUAUAUUAAGCCAAUAAACGCCAAAUUGCCGCCCCUUGUCAUCCCAAAGCGAUACAAAACGCAGCUUCAUCCGCGGCCCUUCCUUCCCUUCACUUCACCUAUCGACUACUCACGCAAUUACUCCCAUCCAGUGCGGCGCACUCUUGCCUGAAAUCUUCACCGAGUCACAUGGACCUAUUCAGCACCUAUACUGUGGAAAACACCAUUGUUAAUGGCGGUGUUAACACUGUUACGUAUUUCCUCCAUACUGUUCAUGGAAGGAAAAUAGCUGUGGUCAUCCUCACUGAAAGAUCCAACCGCCAAUACACCUGUCAAACAAGCACAGAUUGGCAGCACUUCUUGACUGCCUCUGGAUUUGACAGACUACUGCCUAUGCGCUUCAGGAGUAAAGAUGAUGUAGAACACAAGAUUAAUCAUUUGUUUGCACGCAGGCUUACAAUGCCCCUACUCACAGCGUGCCCAAAUAGCACCACAAUCCAUUCUCUGGACGUUUUUGGCAGUUCCCUGGUCUGGUGCAUGCUGGACAUGGAACAUUUUGAAAGAGUGAAAAUACCACCCUGCAUGCACCGCCAUUUGUUCGAGCACACAAAAUCAGAGGCCUUACUAAGGUAUGGCAAUACUGUUUGGCCAGUGGCUGUUCGAGGUUACACUUUUGACCAUGAAUUUACCAACUUCCUGGUAGAAAAUGACAUCCCAUUUGAUGGCUUUGUACUGCUGCGCCACAUUGGGAAUUUCAUAUUUGAUGUGCUCCUAUUUGACGCUGACGGCCACUCUCGCAACCUGAGUGAACCGCCAAAUGCCAACCUUAAUCCCAACCUUUCUGGAGAUUAGUUCUUUGUGUAUGCACAGUCUGCAAUUUCAAACUGCUCAUAUAGGAAACUGUUUAGGCCCCCUUCAUUUCUUUACAUCCCCACAAAAACAACAACGUCAGCCUGUGAGACAUUCCUUAAGAACUGCUGCGAUACCAGGGGUCAAAUACUAAUUAUGCAUGGUGAAGUGCAAGACCCUUUCUAUGGCGGUGAGAUGGAUCUGUUACAAGAAAUACAAUUCAAUUUCCACCUUGACCCAACUUAUAGCCUUGUUUUUUUAAGUCCGGCAGUGGGAAACUUAGAUUGCUUGCUCUUUCCAAAUGCAACGUUGAAGAGCCUCCACAUCAAAGCCAUACAUAUGAGCUCAACAGCCAAGUUUGCACCCAUACUGCAACUAAAGCUUAACUGCUCUCUUAUUAUCAUUUGAUUUAUGUUAUGUUCUUUAGGUUAACUUGUUUGAUUCCCCCCUGUCGCAGCUAAAACAAUUACCCUAAACUGCUAUCUUUAUGGGAAUCACCCAUCGUUUUUUGUUAGUUUACCAAUGUAAAAGUACUGGUUUGCUUACUGUGUUUCGCUGCAACACUCUGCAUUUUGCUUUUGCAAUUAUAACAAACACUGUCAUUACUCUUUCUACUCAAUUGUUAUCC